GACAAUCUAUCCCCAUGUGGGACGGAUCCAGAAUACCUUAACCUGCCACGACGCUCCUCGGUUGCCCAGCGUCGACUUCCUCCAAGUUAUCACAAUGGCUUCCCUGAAGCAAUUUAUUCGCAACGUGCGUUCCGCGAAGACCAUCGCCGACGAGCGGGCUGUUAUUCAAAAGGAAAGCGCAUCGAUUCGCGCAAGCUUCAGGGAGGAGAGUCACGACCAUGGGACCCGACGAAACAAUGUAGCGAAGUUGCUCUACCUCUUCACCUUGGGCGAGAGAACGCACUUUGGCCAGAUAGAAUGUCUCAAACUUCUCGCAUCCACCCGAUUUGCGGACAAGCGACUCGGUCACCUCGCCACUAGUCUGUUGCUAGACGAGAAUCAGGAAGUAUUGACCUUGGUUACCAACUCCCUCAAAAAUGACCUCUCCCACUCGAAUCAGUACGUCGUCGGACUCGCCCUAUGCACGCUGGGCAACAUUUCUUCGGUUGAGAUGUCGAGGGAUCUUUCUUCCGAAGUCGAAAUAUGUGUUAAUACCUCCAACCCGUACAUUCGAAGGAAAGCGGCCCUCUGUGCCAUGCGGAUCUGUCGAAAAGUCCCUGACCUGCGCGAACAUUUCAUCGAAAAAGCGAAGCAUUUGCUAUCUGAUCGCAACCAUGGUGUCCUUCUUUCCGGUUUGACACUGGUCACCAGUCUCUGUGAGGCAGACGAAGAACAAGGCGGAGAAGACGGCGUUGUCGACAACUUCAAGCAGUUUGUCCCUCAGCUCGUUCGCACAUUGAAAGGGCUGGCCACCUCUGGCUAUGCGCCGGAACAUGACGUUGCUGGCGUUACAGACCCAUUCCUGCAAGUCAAAAUUCUGCGUCUCCUCAGGGUACUUGCCAUAGGUGAUGCACAAGUCAGCGAGCAGAUCAACGACAUAUUGGCUCAGGUGGCGACCAACACUGAUUCGUCCAAGAACGUGGGCAAUUCCAUUCUAUACGAGGCUGUCCGAACUAUUCUGGAUAUCGAGGCCGAUUCUGGCCUUCGCGUGCUUGGAGUCAAUAUUCUGGGUAAAUUCCUGUCAAAUCGGGAUAAUAACAUUCGCUAUGUCGCCCUGAACACCCUCACCAAAGUGGUUGCCAUCGAACCGACCGCUGUUCAAAGACACAGGAACACAAUCCUGGAAUGCCUCAGAGAUCCCGACAUCAGCAUUAGGAGACGGGCCCUCGACCUUAGCUUCACUCUCAUCAAUGAAAACAAUGUUCGCGUUCUAAUUCGGGAACUGCUAGCUUUUCUGGAGGUAGCAGACAAUGAGUUCAAACCUACAAUGACGAGCCAGAUCGGUAUCGGUGCCGACAAGUUCGCCCCCAAUAAGCGCUGGCACAUCGACACGAUGUUGCGAGUGCUGAUGCUUGCAGGGAACUAUGUCAAAGAACCCAUCCUAUCGUCCUUCAUCCGGCUGGUUGCCACUACCACGGAGCUACAAACCUACGCAGUCCAGAAGCUCUAUACCAGCCUGAAGAAGGAUAUCACGCAGGAAAGCUUGACACAGGCCGGGGCCUGGUGCAUUGGUGAGUAUGGCGAUGCCUUGCUACAGAACGGGCAUUACGAAGAAGAGGAGCUAGUGCAAGAAGUCAGAGAGCAUGAGAUUAUCGAUUUAUUCUCCUCGAUUCUCAACAGUAGUUACGCGACCCAGGUAUCGACCGAGUACAUCGUAACUGCCCUGAUGAAGUUGACGACCCGGCUAUCGGAACCCACACAAAUUGAGAGGGUCAGGCGGCUACUUCAGUCAAACCAGACAAGCCUCGAUGUUGAAGUGCAACAACGUGCGGUGGAAUACGGGAAUCUCUUCUCCCACGAUACAAUUCGCCGGGGAGUACUCGAGAAAAUGCCACCCCCUCAGAUCAAAGAAGAGUCGCGGGUCCUUGGCCGAGCCACUACGAAGAAAGCGAAUAAGGAGUCUCACAGGAAAUCGAAGAUUCUUAAGCCAACUGAAGAAGACCUACUGUUUGGUUUCGCCGACACACCUGCCACUGCCCAUGGGUCUACCAAGAAGGCCAGCGCAAAUCUACUCGACGACAUCCUUGGUACUACUGAAACCUCCUCAUCGGCACCUACCCCAACCUCUCCUACACCCCAGCAAUCCAAUGUCGCCUCCAUCAUGGAUCUAUUUGGUUCAAACUCGGAGGCGCAGACUGCACGGUCAGAUGUACCCAGCGGCGCUAUAAACUCGGGUAACUCGGCAACGCCAGCAGCGCAUGUUCCAGCUGAGAUCCCUUGCUACAAUUCCAAUGACCUCCAGGUAAUUAUGCAGGUCCAGCGCAAUGCCGAAGGGCUAGUCCAGGCGACUGCCCGGUUUCGAAACACAUCUGGCGCUGUUACACUCUCUGGCGUGGGCUUGCAAGCUGCAGUACCCAAGACGCAGAAGCUCCAGCUUACGGGCAUCUCGAGCCCUCACCUGGAUCCUGGGGCUGAGGCAACCCAGGUGAUGAGAGUGUCCGGGGCAAAGGGGGCACUGAGAUUACGCCUGAGAAUCCAGUUCAUCCACCCGUCUGCUGGUCAGUUAAUGGAGCAGGUAAAUUGGACAGAACCAUCUUGAGACAGGCAAUUUACGUAACAGACACUACUGUUCUUUUCAUCGUGUUUGGGGUGAACGGUGUUCCUUUUUACGGGUUGCCUCCUAUCACAUAAGGUAGCGUAGUCUGUCUGGUUCGUGAUGUAUUCAGGGCUGCACUGCGAGGACAUCACGGUGUCAUUUCAGGACAACGAAACAGAGCUGCGAUAGCCAUAUCGGUUGACUUUAAGUACUACACCAAAAUCUGUAUAUGCCAGUUGAGUCGCGACGUAUUACACAUGUACAGUACACGGUCGAAUACUACCACACUAGGUAACGCAAUAACAUCGCCUCUUAUUUUAUCAGAUGCCCUUAGUCACCUUAUCGAGGUAUGAUAAACUACAUUAUAUUAGACGUAUAGAGUACCUUGAUCCUAUAUAUCUAUGUUUAUUUCUCCUGCUUUUUUUUCUAUAGUUAGAUAUCCCUAUAAAGUACUAUAAGCUUCACUUAGAUAAAUAUAUAUAUAUAUAUAAUUCCGCA